GCGUGGCCUGACGCGCUCUCGCUGGAAGCGGUCCAGAGGAAGGGAAAAUGGCGGACCUCGAAGACGUUACCCUGGACGGGAAGCCGCUGCAGUCCCUUCGCGUGGCCGACCUGAAGGCCGCCCUGGAGGAGAGAGGCCUGUCGAAGAGCGGCCAGAAGAACGCCCUCGUCAAACGGCUGAAAGGGGCUCUCAUGCUGGAGAAUCUGCAGAAGACCUCCACUGCUCAGGUUGGACUGCAACCAAACUCUCAGAUUGGUGAGGAAAUGAGCCAGAAUAGCUUCAUCAAGCAGUAUCUAGCUAAACAGCAGGAGCUUUUGAGGCAGCGGCUGGAGAGAGAGGCUCGCGAAGCCUCUGAAUCUAAUGAGCAAGGGGACCACACAGAAGUAAAUAACAGCACCCUAAGCCCCGCUCAAGCCCAGGAUGCAACCCAAGCCUCUGACCUUCAGAAGUCACCACGCCCCUCUGACGGAGACAGCCCUUCUGCCGCAGUAAAUGAGGGAGGAGCUAACAGCAACCAGGAAGCUCACAUGUCUCCUUCUCCUGCUUCUGGCUCAGUCCCCGGCGGUGACCACCAGCCGGACAAGAGGGCUGCGGCCAGCGAUUUCUUGGCCGACAGUGACGAUGAUGACAGUGAGGAUGGCGACGACGACGGUGACGACGAAGACUGGGACAGCAACAUCCGAAGGAGAACACCAAGACAGCCGGCCAGAGGGCCCUCAACUCGGGAGAGGUGUGGAGCAUCUUGUCAACCUCAGCAGCAGCACAUCCCCUCCCUUUUGUCUCCUCAACUCCGCCAGCCAACCCCUCCCCCGUCCCCACCUCCAGAGUUAUCAUUCCCCUUACCCGACACCCCCAAACAGAGCCCCCCGAGUCCGGAUGUAGCCCCAGCGAGGCGCUCACCCAGUAGCUCCAGCUCUGGCUCCUCGAGCAGCGAUAGCCGCAGUAGCAGUCCAGAACCACACCGGGGUGGACACGUGGAGCGCAAACCUGGUCCGUUAACCCUUCUGGCACGUAAAAUGGAAUCGGAGGGCGCUUUCUCUGGAGCCAGCUGGCACGGUGGAAAUGGGGAAGAUUGCAGGAAGGACAGCAUUUCACCAUUGGCCACAUCAUUUUCUGGCACAGAGCACACUGGAGGUCUCAUAUCUGCCAACACUCACACGGACUCUACGCCUGGUUCUAUGGAACCAGGCAUCAAUCAGAGCAUUGGCGGAGCCCAUUCAGCCCAAAGUCCUGUGAGUGGGCUCAGGGCUUCCACAGUGAAACAGAGGGAUUCUGAACUACAGGCUCUUGAGUUGGAAAGAGCGAGGUUAAGAACCCAAGAGGAAGGACAAGCAAAAGAGGAAGAGCGAAAGAGAGCUCUUGAAAAAGAGGAAGAAGAAAAAGCUUUGCAGUUGGAGAAAAAACUUGCUUUGGAAAAGGAGAGGCAGGAGAGAGAAGAAGCUUUGGCCAAAGAGCAGGAAGAGCGAGAGCAAGCUCUGGCCAGAGAGAAAGCUCUCGAGCUGGAAAGGCAAAGGGCCUUGGAGCAAGAACGUCUCCAGCAGGAGGAGAAGGAAAAGAAAGAGAGAGAAAUGGAGAAGGCAAGACUCAAGGCCUUGGAACGGGAACGAGUGGAACGAGAAAAGGCUCUUGAGAAAGAAAGGUUAGAAAGAGAAAAAGCUUUGGAAGCGGAAAGAAAAGAAAAGGAGCGCCUUGAGAAAGAGAAACUAUUGGAGCAGGAACGUUUGGAAAGGGAAAGACUCGAGAAAGAGCGAAUGGAAAAGGAAAAAGCUUUGGAGAGAGAGCGACAGCAGAGGGAGGAAGCGUUAGAGAGAGAGCGACUCGAGAGGGAGAAAGCCCUCGAGCUUGAGCGGUUGGAGAAAGAGCGACUAGAAAAAGAGAAAGCCUUAGAGCAAGAGCGAUUAGAAAAAGAGAAAGCUUUAGAGCAAGAGCGACUAGAGAGGGAGAAAGCCUUAGAGAAAGAGCGGCUAGAAAAAGAAAAAGCCUUAGAGCAAGAGCGACUAGAGAGGGAGAAAGCCUUAGAGAAAGAGCGACUAGAGAGGGAGAAAGCCUUAGAGAAAGAGCGACUAGAGAGGGAGAAAGCCUUAGAGAAAGAGCGACUAGAAAGGGAGAAAGUCUUAGAGCAAGAGCGACUCGAGAGGGAGAAAGCCUUAGAGCAAGAGCGACUAGAAAAAGAGAGGGAGAAAGCCUUAGAGCAAGAGCGACUAGAAAAAGAAAGGCAGAAAGCUUUAGAGGAAGAGCGACUAGAAAAAGAGAGGCAGAAAGCUUUAGAGGAAGAACGACUAGAAAAAGAGAGGCAGAAAGCUUUAGAGGAAGAGCGACUAGAAAAAGAGAGGCAGAAAGCUUUAGAGGAAGAACGACUAGAAAAAGAGAGGCAGAAAGCUUUAGAGGAAGAACGACUAGAAAAAGAGAGGCAGAAAGCUUUAGAGGAAGAACGACUAGAAAAAGAGAGGCAGAAAGCUUUAGAGGAAGAACGACUAGAAAAAGAGAGGCAGAAAGCUUUAGAGGAAGAGCGACUAGAAAAAGAGAGGCAGAAAGCCUUAGAGGAAGAGCGACUAGAAAAAGAGAGGCAGAAAGCCUUAGAGGAAGAGCGACUAGAAAAAGAAAGGCAGAAAGCUUUAGAGGAAGAGCGACUAGAAAAAGAGAGGAUGAAAGCAUUAGAGCAAGAGCGAAUAGAGAGGGAGAAAGCCUUAGAGCAAGAGCGAUUAGAAAAAGAGAGGCAGAAAGCUUUAGAGGAGCGACUAGAAAAAGAAAGGCAGAAAGCUUUAGAGGAAGAGCGACUAGAAAAAGAGAGGAUGAAAGCAUUAGAGCAAGAGCGAAUAGAAAAAGAGAGGCAGAAAGCCUUAGAGCAAGAGCGACUAGAGAGGGAGAAAGCCUUAGAGAAAGAGCGACUAGAGAGGGAGAAAGCCUUAGAGCAGGAGCGGCUAGAAAAAGAGAGGGAGAAAGCUUUAGAGCAAGAGCGACUAGAAAAAGCAAAAGCCUUAGAACUUGAGCGACUACAAAAAGAAAAAGCCUUAGAGAAAGCGCGAUUAGAGAAGGAGAAAGCCUUAGAGCAAGAGCGACUAGAAAAAGAGAAAGCCUUAGAGCAAGAACGACUAGAGCGCGAGAAAGUCUUAGAACAAGAACGAAUAGAAAAAGAGAAAGCCUUAGAGCGUCAGCGACUGGAGAGGGAGAAAUCUUUAGAGCAGAAGCGACUAGAAGAAGAAAGACAAGAGCGAGUGAGAAUUCAGACGAUAGAGAGCGACAAAGCAGAAGAGCAGAGGUUAGAGUUUGAGGCCGGUGAAAAUAAAAACUCAGGGCUAGAUUCUACUCUUGAUAACAUGAGGACAGAGGAGGCCAUAACAGUGGAGAGGGUUUGUGAAGAGGAUAGUUUGAAGAAUAAAAUAACCAAAGAGUUAGACACUGAAGUCCCUCCAUCUAAAUGUGGCCGAGAGCUUGGUCUUACCCCUCCCACUGCUCCCCUUUCCACAGGACCAGCUCAAAAAACAGAGGCAGGGGACCAGGAAGAUGCCAAUGCUCCAAUGUCACCAACGUCACUGUCAUCUUCCAAGUCGUCGGUCAAGAAGUUCCGGUUCUCAAGGGACUCUCCAAUACAACCCCCGUCUUCUACCCCUUCCAUGGUUCUCAAGCGGCCCCGUACCUUCUCUGACACCCCCCCUGUCUCCUCCGGUCUUGGAGAACAGAAGGAAAGACAUCAAACGUCUGCAGUACAGAAUGUUGCUGCCAAACCACUGCGUCCAGUCGCCAGCCAGUCUGCGGAAGACCCUGAUUUUAAGAAGAACAGUUCCAAAGAAAGCUUCUCAAGUCAGGUAUUAAAGGAGAUUGCGAAGGACGCUUCCACGAUGCAGGAGGACUCGGCCACAGAGAAGGCACAAGAUGCUGGGAAACGGGACAAAGGUCCUUCAAACCCAGCCGAUGCUACACAGUGGCAAGAAAAAGAUGGAAAGAUGGAGAACAAGAAAAACAGAAAACAUUCAUCCUCUGACUCCUCCUCUUCUGAAUCGGAUUCUGGGUCGUCGUCGUCUUCAUCUUCUUCCUCAUCCUCCUCCUCUCCUGAGAAAUCAUCCAUUUCAAGGAAUAGAAGGGGGAAAAAACCUGAAGGAAGUGUGACUGCUGUGACUCAAGAUGAUAGUAUAAAAGAAAUCUCAAAGCCCUCCCCUUACAAGACUAGCACAGCUGAUAAUGGAGCUAGUCAGGCCAAGAAACCAUUCCUUGAUUCAACACCCAGAGAAGAGAGGAAGAGGAACGACAGCGAAGGAUUGGAGAAAAAAGACGAACAAAGGAAGGGGAUCGACUCUGCAAUGGCAGAUUCAGAAAAGGUUCCAGAGACCAGCGAGGAGACACCCAAAGCCUUCACAGCUCGGAAGAUCUCUAUUGGCAACAGCAAGUCCUCUCCAGGCAGAGGCAGCACAGACACCGAUCCAGAGUCUGGGACUGGUCGCAAGAGAAGGUGGGGUUCCAGCACUGUGGUCACGGUGAAGAAACCUUCCAUUAGCAUCACCACGGACUCAUUGAAGUCUUUGAUCCCAGACAUCAAGCCAUGUACAGGCCAGGAUGCCGUGGUGGACCUGUUCCCUGAGGAGGUCGUCCUGUCCGGCGCCGAAGAAGAAGAUCCAGAGCGCUCCGAGCAGGACCUUCAGAUCAGACGCACUGUCACGCAAGUGGUGCCAUCCGACAGCCAAGAAAAUGGACAAAGGGAGGCAAAGAGGAGCAGGUGUGAAGAGGUGGAGGUUAACGACGUACAGGCAGACGCAACUCAUGAAGACAAAACAUCAGUUCCUGAAGUCACGGGGAAUCAAUCGCCGCCCCAACCCAGCCAAGAUGUAGAACUCAGUGCUGUGACCACGGGCGAAACCCUGAUCCGGCGCUCUAUCAGCCAGCAGAAAACGGGUGUUUCCAUCACCAUUGACGACCCUGUGCGCACAAACCGACAGCCUUCUCCUCCACGCGGCAAAGUCUCCAACAUCGUUCAUGUCAACAACCUGGUGAGGCCGUUCACGCUCGGCCAGCUGAAGGAGCUGCUGGGCAGAACUGGCACCUUGUUGGAGCCGGGCUUCUGGAUCGACAAGAUCAAGUCCCACUGUUACGUCACUUACUCCAGCUCAGAGGAGGCCGUCGCCACGCGGGAAGCUCUUCACGGGGUCAAGUGGCCUCAGAGCAACCCGAAAGUUCUCAACGUCGACUUCUGCCAGCAGGAUGAGCUGGACUUCCACAAAGCCUUGGGCACGGCGGACAAGCCCGCCCCCGCGGAGCAGUGGCUCGGCUCCGCCCGUUGCCUAGCAACCGGCCUGCCGUCCCUCCUCCCUGGCCGAGACCAGUGGGCAGAGCGGGAGCGGGAAAUGGAGCGGCGGGAGAAGGCCCGAGCGCAGCGGGAGUGGGAUCGCGACAAGGUCCGGGAGUUCGGGAAAGGAGACGACAAGGAGGCGGGGCCCCGGAGGUCGCGCUCGAGAGAGAAGCGACGCAAGGAGCGGGCGAAGAGCAAGGAGAAGAAGACUGAGAAGAAAGAGAAAGCAGCUGAGGAACCUCCGGCGAAGCUUCUGGAUGACCUGUUUAGGAAAACUAAAGCGGCUCCGUGCAUUUACUGGCUGCCACUGACCGACCAGCAGUCCGUGGCCAGGGAAGCUGCCAGGGCCGAGCGCAUGAAGGAGCGGGAGAAACGGAUGAAGCAGCAGCAGGAGGAGAAGGAGAAGAAAAGGGAGGAAGAGCGCAAGGAGAGGACGAAAGGCGGCGUGGCGGCGGGAGAGCGGAGCGAGGGCGAGAAGGACAAGGACAGAGAGCGGGACAGAGGUAAAGAGAGGGAGCGGGAGAACGACAAACGCAGGGACGGCUGCCGCAGGCCGGGGGCGAGCGGGGAGAGCGCCGGCAGACGCUCUCGGAGUCGCAGCGACCCGCGAGAUCGGCGGCGCUAGCCCACGGAACUGUCUGCCUUCUUCCAUUUGCCUUCUCGCCCUUUUCCUUUCCAGUCCCACCCCCGCCAAGGACCAACACGUCUGGCCCGCACAGUCACGUGCGCUGAGCUCGUCUUCCCCUUCACGCUUACGUCCCCUCGGUGUAGAAAACAUCCCCGCUCCCAAAUGUGCAAAGUCAGCUAUUUUUACUGAAGAAAAUGUAAAAAAAAAAAAAAAAAGACGACGGGAAUCAUGCUGAAAAUACGUUUAUAAGACACGUCAUGGACGGAUUAGAAUAUUUAUUAUUUUACUAUCUUUUUAACCCCGCCGCCCCUGAUCGCACGUCACUGGCCCCCACGCCUUCUCUCGCCGCGUUAACGAGGGACCACGAACGUCGCUUCCCGCCGGCGUUUGACGACCACGCGUGUCGAUAAGUAUGAUUUCCAUUCUUUUUGCUCCUUGCUUCUGCAUUUAACAGGCCUGCACUUGGACCCAGGAGAAGAAGUGAAGAACCAUGGUCUCCUGGCAGGAAGGCAAAGCGCCAUUUGUACAGACAUCUAUAACCCUGAAUGAGGCAGCUCGGGGGUCUGCCUCGUAGUGCAGUGUUUCCCCGCCACCUUUUUGGAGGAGGAAAGAAAAAAAGAUUCUAAAUGAGCGAGGCGAUGCUUUUUCUGUCACACCAGACACAAUUUUAUCUUUGAUGAUCGCUGCCUUUCACAGAGAGGAAGGUUGUUUUCUCUUUAAUGUUGUUUUUUUGUCCUCAUUUUACCUUUUUAGUACAAAUUAUUUUGUUUUUUCUUUUUUUUUAUUCUUCUUUGAUUACGCCUAUCAGUGGUGAAUGUACAAAUAAUAAAAAAAAAGAGAUGAAAAGUUUGAAAAAAA